CUGGCAAUCCUGCCCCAACUGCCAAAGCCCUAUUUUGUCAUUGGGUGGCUGUGACAGAGAGACUGGGCCAAGACAGACAUAACAGAGGAGUAGAGCAUGAUUGGAUGCCACUGAUGGAGUAGGAGACUGAGGCAGCCUGUGAAUUUUCUUAGUUGUCAUGGGGCCUUGGGGGCUGAUCGAGUGGCGCCACUGACUCACACAAAACAGGACAGAAGACACAUGAAGGAGAAACUGCAGCAGAAGCAAGCACCAGUGAGAAGAAGUAACCAGGGACAACUAGGCUUUUAUAAGAGAGCAGGACAGAGAGGGGCAGCGCUGCAGAGAGGAACCACAAGAUCCAUCCAUCCAUCCACUCGUCUCCAUCCAUCACCUCCGGCUCAGCGGGGAGAAAUGAAGAGACCUCAUGACUACAGCUCGCCCGACUCGGACACGGACGAGUUCAUCGACGUGGGACAAGAAGACAGCUACUGUCCAGUCAGCGGGUCCAUGUCUCCAAGCAGCGCCUCGCAGAUUCUGGCCCGGAAGAAGAGAAGAGGGAUCAUCGAGAAGAGGCGCAGAGAUCGGAUUAACCACAGUUUGUCCGAGCUGCGGAGGCUGGUGCCCAGCGCUUUUGAGAAACAGGGUUCCUCCAAGCUGGAGAAGGCAGAGAUUCUGCAGAUGACGGUGGAUCAUCUCAAGCUGCUUCAUGCCAUUGGAGGAAAAGGAUACUUUGACACCCGAGCUCUGGCGGUCGACUAUCGGACCCUUGGUUUUCGGGAGUGUGUUGGGGAAGUGGUCCGGUACCUCAGUUCACUGGAGGGCGAGUCCCCGGAUCCCAUCGGGGCUCGCCUCGUCUCUCACCUCUCCCACUGUGCGAGCGAGCUCGACCCUCUCCUCCUCCAAUGCCCCGCUGCCUCUGCCAUGCAGUUCCCCUCUUGGCCUUGGGCCGCCUUCCCCCAAAUCACUCCCCCGUCUACGGCCUCCCCCUCGCCUCCCUUCCCCAGCAGUCGACGGGAUCUCGCCCUACUGGGGAGCUACCCUCCACCCACUACCCUCCGCCUCGCCCCUUUGGCGGCCUGCCAACAGGUUGGGCCGACGCUUCUGCCGCCAACAGCUCUGGCCUCCAUCCACAGGGUCCCUUCCCUCUCUGCGUCUCCGGGCCUGACCCAGUCCAGGCAAACCCAGUCAUCUCCCCACAGCACCUCCUCAGCACUACCUCCUCCUUCCUCAUCCUCUCCCGCCACCUCCUCCACUCCCCAAGUGUCUUUCCGACCCUUUGCACCCCUGGGGUCUCCCACGCCCCAGCGCAGGGGCCUGAGCAGCUCGUGUAAGCCGGGCUCAGGAUGGGGGACUGAGAUCGGUGCCUUCUGAGGAUCCGAGUCGUCCUCCAACACAGUGACUGCCGUGUGAAUGAACAUCUGAUGAUUGUCUCUGCUCUUUGAGGGACUCUAAAAGCCAUAGGAGUGACAAUAUCAGUUUAUUACAAUCAAAAAGAAGAAAUGUGAAGGAGAAGGUAAAAUAUUUCCUGCUUAGAGUCCACGGGAGCUUUAUGUACCAUAAAUGAUUUUUGAAAUGUGAUCUUUUUUCUCUAAAACAUCUGUCUCCAUCUGUCUCCAUUUCUGAAGGGUGUUUGAGCAAACCCCCAUAAAGACAAAGUGCCUUUCA